GUUCAGUUGAUCUCAUCGCACAGCAGGAGAUUAUCUCCCCUUAACACCAUAUUGUGAAAUUCCAUGGUGAUCCCACACUGUGCCAUGUUUAUCCUAUGUUUAUAUACAGUAUUAUAGUACCUAGUUGAAAUUCUGCUGACCCCCUGGGCUGGGAUUGAGCAUCUGUAAAGAAACAAGUUCGUUUCUGUCUAGCUAAGAAAAGACUAAACAUACUUUUAAAUGAAGAGUAACUACAGGUCUCUGAUUUCUACUGAGCUUACAAGAAUACAUUUCAGUGCCUGGCCUGUAUUGACCUUUAGAUGGCCUUGGUGCGAGGGCAUUAUGGCCUAUUUAUCCAAAGAGAAUGACUCACUCCUACACCCUCUGCCAAAAAUGGUUAUUAAUAAACUGCCUGUUGUUGGUGUGCAGACAACUUUAAUAACUAGACGAAUGGGAGACCUAGCUUUAUCUAUGUGUGAGUUCACCACAAAGAGCAGGUGUGUUUAAAUUUGACUUGAAAAAGAAGAACGGCUGGGAACAAAAAUAAUAAAUAAUAACUAAAAAAGUCACUGGUGUUUGUCUCACCGAUGUAACAGGUCUGAAAUAACAGAAUGCUUGCAGAACCCCCCCCCGCCACACUGCAUUAUCCUUGGUUCUUUUAAUAGCAUGGAAACAGGAGAGAGCAGCUGCCCCUCAACCUCCCAACGGCAUUCUCUGACCAACUCGCUCCAUAUUCUCUGGAGACUGAAAUCAUCUCUACAAACGCACUCCCAGACAUCAGGAGCAUACAAACGCAGUCCCUGACUUUCUGACACACCUGCUAAAAUCACACUGCCGAACUCUCCAACAAGCACAGCUUAGCAUUCAGCUCAGUCAUGGCAGAUAAAAAGGCCCCCAGCAAAGUAGGUAUGGUAAAAAAGAAAGAAAAGAAAGAAAAGAAAGUGGAGACAAAGCCUGCUGAAAAGGAGGAGAAAAAAGCAGAGACCAAGGCUGAAAAGGAGAAAGAGAAGGAUGAGAAGAUGAAAAAGAAGCCAGAGAAGGCCCCAGAAAAGCCAAACGCAGAGGACAAUACGCCAAAUGGAAAUGGGGAGACAGCCGAAGGAGCACAGGGAGGCACCGAGGAUGGAGAAUUUCAGUUUGAGCCUAUAGAGCUACCUCCAUUUGAGAUCAUCAUAGGAGAUCGACUCAACCCCAACUUCUUCAAGUUCCAGUUCAAAAACGUGGAGUACUCUUCUGGCCGCAACAAGACCUUCCUGUGCUACCAGGUGGACAUACAGAGUAGCUCAGGAGAACCCGAUGGUGUCCGGGGUUACCUAGAGGAUGAGCAUUCUGGCACUCAUGCUGAAGAGGCAUUCUUCCAACAGGUGCUGCCCCAGUAUGACAAAUCACUGUGCUACACGGUCACCUGGUACACAUCAUCCAGCCCCUGUGCCGCGUGUGCUGCUAAACUGGGAGAGAUAUUGAGAGUCCGCAAGACACUACGCCUUAACAUCCACUGCUCCCGCCUCUUCCUGUGGGAAGAACCGGAGGUGCAGGUGGGGCUAAAGGCUCUGGCACAAGCAGGGUGCAAACUAAGGAUGAUGAGACCUGUGGACUUCACCUACGUUUGGUCCACUUUUGUAGAGAACGAGGAAGACAACUUUACACUCUGGGAGGACUGUCAAGAGAGCUACGAGUACUAUGAUGAGAAGCUCACUAACAUUCUGCAAUAGGGUAAAUAGAGCACUUAACCCCUCACUGUAAUCUUGUAUUGUGCUUUGUUUUUGGUCAAGAAUGAUGUAAUAAAAUUAACUACAUCAGUUUUUAAAGACGCCAUAAUGAUGCUUAAUAUAAGCAUUUACGCUCAAAUUAAACUAGCGGAUGCAA